AUGACCCGUGGUACUAGUGAAUUAGUAGCAGAAGGAACUACGGCGAAUAUGGUACAUCGCAAACAACAACGAUCGGUUCAUCAACAACAGCAACAAUCGUCAGAACAAAACGUACGGAAAUCAAUGAAUAUGUCAGGAAGCAGACGCAUAUUUGCACCGUCCUUUAAGCUCAAGGUCCUUGAUUCUUAUAGGAAUGACAUCGAUUGCCGCGGUAAUCAACGUGCUACAGCUAGAAAGUAUAACAUACAUCGUCGGCAGAUACAAAAGUGGCUUCAGUGUGAAGAAAAUCUAAGAAAUACUUGUGUCGAAUCUAAUAAUUCGAAUUCUACAGUAUCAACUCCGCCACCGUCGUUGUCCUCCUCAUCAUCUUCUUCGUCACCUAUGUCGACGGCAACGGUGAUCUCGAAACACGACGUAACGCUGCCGACGUCGGAAGGGGUUACGAUGCCCGACGUGACUCCAGCGGUGCCGGCGCCGGCCUUGAACCUCGGUCUCGCCAGACUGCACGGCGACGAGUCGACCGUCCGGCCCCCCCCACCUCUUAUUCCGUCACGUCCUCUUACUCGAGAUUCGCCCUCGUCACCACGGUACACGCAUUUAACAUCCAAAAUCGUUCUACCGACUACGACUACGACUACAACGACGAUGACCAGCGUCGCUGGAUAUGGUGAACCACGUGAUCGACACCAACGAUGUCAUAUCGAAAUGAAGAAUGGGCCGAUGAUAAUGCAACCUCCGAGUACGAUUUCCUAUGAUACGAUGGAGGCUUUUUACAAGCAAUAUACCAUAGAUGAACAACGUCAACGUGAGUUAGAAAGUUAUGAAACGAUGUUGUCGAAUUUCCGACCGACUCGUCAUCCAUACUUAUCGAACGCUGCAUCAAUUACCACCAGUCCUACAACUACUCCUGCUAGUGUUGAUUCAUCCUCAAGAGAUGGAUUUACUUAUUCUAGACCGAUAACGCCGACAGUAAUAAAGAUGGAACGUUCAAGCCCAGACUCCGUGGCGACUUGCACUCCAAGUUUAACAUCAACUAUGCAUCCUCAGCAGAUUUCGCCAAUAGCUGUUAACAAUCGUUACGUUGGAACAUCCAACAUCGUUCAUUCAAGUCCUGCUAAGUUUUGGAACAAGUGUUCCGAGUCAAUUGAAAAAAGUACUGUACUUGAGGAAGUAAAACAUGAAGAGAAAAAACGAAAGCUAUUCUGUGACGUCAAGAUUAAAGAGGAAGAAAUAGAUGAGGAAGAGGAAGAGGAAGAAUCAAGGUUGGCCGUAGAAGAGAUCCGCGAAACAGACAGUGUGCCAUCAUUUUGCAUAGAUUCUCAUCCCGCUCUACGAAUUUCGUAUCCCAACGAAUCCAGGAGUCCCGAUGAAUCCAGGAGUCCUGAUAACGAUCACGAGGGAACCUAUUCCGAACCUGGAAGUAUUUCCGUGAGAUCUAGUAGCGGCAGUUCGGAUAGCGAAGUAGAAAACCUGAUGGAGUGUUGUUCAUCAAACGUAACAAGAAAUUCAUCAAACGAUCUCGGUCGACGAAGAUCUUUCUCAUUGCGGUUCAAACUCGAAGUAUUGGAUGCUUUCCAUCAGGACAUAGGAGUAGCAGGAAAUCAACGUGCAACUGCGAGGAAGUUUGGCAUUAAUCGUCGCCAGGUACAAAAGUGGCUCGGCCAGGAAAGCGAAUUAAGAGGAGAGAUUGCAUUGAGGGGUAACGAACGACAACGAUUAGGUCCGAGCCAAGAUCAAACGAUCAUUUCAGGAGACUUCCCAGUCGAUUUAAGAACUACAAAUUAUACUGUUUCGCCUAUUGCCGAAGAGGAAUGUGUUGAUGUUGAAUAUGUCGGACAAUCUCCGCCACCAAUUCAAUUUGUAGAUUGUUGUAAGUUGACAUUUGAGAAUUCGUCUCCUCCUCCAAAUCGGCCAGUAGUUGUGCCACCUGUGCACAUGUUAGAUUCAUCAAGGAACUGCGAAUGUACAUGUUGCGUGGCUGCUACAUCAACAAGAAAUAACUCUUCUUAUGAAGAACUACCUACCUACAUAGGAUUCUCAAACACGGAUUCAAUAAACGAACAACAAACCAAUGGUUCGGUAUCAUCAGAAGAAUACAUCGAAGUUACGGCCGUGAAAUCGCCAAUUAAAAGACAACGAUCUUCGGAAAUGUGCACCUUCUGUUACGAUGAACCUUUAAUCCCGUCAAAGAAAUUUUGCAAGGAUACGGAUAAAGAAACCCCACAGCAGGAGGCGCCACUCUGUCUGGUCAAGCAAAAAAGAUACUUCGAUUUUACUCCGUCGCAUCUAGAAAUACCAGUCAGGAGUACUGCUUCAACUCCUUCUGACUCACAGCAAGUACCACAACUACCAGUACCACCACAAGUACAACUACAACCACCAUCACCACCAAUAACAACAACAACAACAACAACUAAUAGUAAAGAUGCCAUACUCUUCAAGCCUUAUUUAGACAAUCCUAUAAGUAAACCUAGCAAGGAGAUUAGCGUUAAUCAGAAUCCCUCACCUGUCGAAACUCCCAAUCUUCUUUCUAAUUACGAAAAUAACUGCCAGAGUAUAUCCAAUUUAAAUGAGGACCGAGUUGGCCACGGUUAUGCUGUCGAACUUAAUCUUAAAGUACCGUUGUCUUGCAGAAAUCAAACUAGUAGUUCAUUGUAUCCUGAUUUAUACCCGUUAAGAAGCGCAUUCGUUAGGUAUCCUUCUACUAGAUACUUCCUUUAG